CCGGUGUCAACCGGAAUACACAUUAUAACAUCGCACUGCUAAAAUCGCUCAGAAGCUGCGAUAAAGUAAUUCACGUUUUGUGUUACGCAAAGUGUACGAACCGGUAAAUUGUGCAAGGCACCUCCUGAAGUAACAAAAUGGCUACACAGUUUUUGAACCGCCUCGGACAACUGGGUUUGGGAGUAGCCGUCGUCGGUGGAGUUGUAAACUCUGCAUUAUAUAACGUUGACGGUGGCCAUCGAGCAGUAAUUUUUGAUCGAUUCAGUGGUGUCAAGCAGCAGGUGUCCGGUGAAGGCACACAUUUCUUUGUGCCAUGGGUUCAGCGGCCUAUCAUUUUCGACAUUCGUUCGCAACCACGCAAUGUACCGGUGGUGACCGGCAGCAAGGAUUUGCAGAAUGUCAACAUCACCCUACGUAUUCUGUUUCGCCCCGUCCCGGAUCAGCUGCCCAAGAUCUACACCAUCCUGGGCCAGGAUUACGACGAACGUGUGUUGCCAUCGAUUACGACCGAAGUGUUGAAGGCAGUGGUGGCUCAGUUUGAUGCCGGUGAGCUAAUUACCCAGCGUGAGAUGGUUUCGCAGAAGGUGUCGGACGACCUGACCGAGCGUGCCUCACAGUUCGGUGUCAUUCUGGACGAUAUUUCGAUCACACACCUUACGUUCGGCAAGGAGUUUACACAAGCCGUCGAGAUGAAACAAGUGGCGCAGCAGGAAGCAGAAAAGGCUCGAUUUUUGGUCGAAAAGGCGGAGCAGAUGAAACAGGCUGCCAUCAUUACGGCGGAAGGUGACGCACAGGCCGCUCAGAUGCUGGCCCGAUCGCUGAAAGAAUCUGGCGAUGGCCUGAUCGAGCUGCGUCGAAUUGAAGCUGCCGAAGACAUUGCCUACCAGAUGAGUAGAUCGCGCGGAGUGAACUAUCUGCCGGCCGGUCAGCAGACGCUGUUGGGUCUGCCGCAGUAAUUGUUUGCACGCGCUGCUCUACUCCCUUGUCAUUAAGAACAAUAUGUUUUAAGCCAAGAGCUCUGCAUCGCCCAAGCGAAAGUGCAAAUACUGGCCCGUGAUCUGAAGGCAGUGGAAGGGUCGAGUGUUAUUAUUUGUGGACCUAUUCACGGCACGACCGUGCGGUGCAUUGAUCAAAAACGUCAGGAAAGCAUUUAUGGAAAUAAUCCGGUGGAAAAUAGGGACGUACACUAGAAUUGGGCAGUUCCCGUAGGUCAUUCGCACCGAACAAUGCAUUGUUGUACAUUGCAUUUGGAUUGGGGGAAAAUAAAAUAAAUAGAA